AUGAUGAAGAGGGAACAUUUUCGAGGGUACAAUCCAUCAGCAAUGUCAAAAGCUUAUAAGGCUGUUAUCGAUGACAAGCUUCCAGUCCAUUCAGCAGCGAUGUCGUAUGGUGUUCCACACGAGACACUGGGGUAUAUGGUGGCUGAAAAAAUAGUUCCUGUGUGUUCUAACUUGGCAAAUAUGCCUAUAUUUACUCCAGAGGAAGAACUCAUAUUAAUGACUCGCUUGAUAGAAAUGGAUGAACUAGGAUAUGACCAUAGUCGUCAGGAAAUGGUGAACAUAGCUAACGACUAUGCAAUAGUGCUUGCUCAGAAAACUAAAGAUUGUAUGUCCUUGAGUUUGACAUGGUUUCGAAAUAUGCUUCGACGGUGGCCACAUUUUAAAGCUGUUAGCCAAAGGGCAUUUUCAGUUGCAAGGACAAAAUCAGAAUACAAAGGAAUCAUUAUUAAGUUUUUUAAUGAACUGGAGAAAACCUUACUAAAAUUCGAUCUCAUUGACAAACCUCAUUUAAUCUACAAUGUUGACGAGAAGGUUGUUGCCAUGUGUGGAAAGGAUGAAAUCGUCACUAUUUUGGGGUGUGGAAACGCAGCUGGUAGUGCAUUGCCUCCUUACUUUAUCUUACCAGAGCAGCGAAUGAAUGAUAAACUGUUAGAGGGGUCUCCGUCAGGGACUUCAUGUUCAGUCUCAAAUGAUGGAUGGUCAAAUUCUGAAAUUUUUAUGGAUUUCCUCUGCAAUCAUUUCAAAAAAAAUGUCCCAGGUGAAGGACAUUUAUUGGUAUUGUUAGAUGGAGAUAAAUCUCAUAUCCCUAUUGGCACACUUCUAUGGGCAAGGCGUCAUAAUAUUAUACUACAAUUAAUUCCCGCACUCACCAGCAACUUUUUACAACCACUUCACGUAAGUUGUUAUGGACCCUUUCAAAAUGAAUUCAACAAUAUGUGUCAUGAAACUAUCUUAACAAAGAGAUGUACACUUUCUCCCGAAGAUAUUUGCUCUUUGGCAUGCACAGCUUACGGAGGUGCAUUAUCAGCUAGUAAUUUGCAGGCUGGUUUUAAACAUACUGGAAUUUAUCCAUUUACCAAAGAUUUGAUAAAUGACAUGCCCCCGAUACUAUCAAGAGCCUGUAACAGUAAUAGUGAAAAAAAUGAAAGCCAACUUGAAAAUGUGGUUUACUUGCAGCUAUUAAAUGAAGCCAUAGAGAAUGAAGGUGUUUCUGGUAUUAAUAUUUAG